GUCCUGUGGCUGGGCUGCAGUUCAUUUCGCUAGAAGCACAAAGUUUCCUCUUUAAUUACAGCAGUAAAACCUGACAGGUAAGACUCGGACAGCGCAAUGUCUCGAGUGAUGGAACCGGCUCAUACAUUUCUGCCUUCUGAGUGGAAACAUGCAAACCGGGUGCAUUUUAGGAGUGCUGAAACUGAGAGGGCGCGCUCAGAGCGACUCGCCGCAGAAUGCAAGCGACUGAUAGAGGAGAGUGAGAAGUCUGCGAAGCGCAUGCAGCAGGAUGCCAACCAGAGGCUGGAGCAUAGAAUUAAAGACAUUAAGUUCUGGAGGCAAGAGCUGGACCAGAAACUGCAGGAGGUGGUGCAGGAGAUUGAGGUGCUCAUCACCUUUAAAAAUAGAGUUGAGAGAGCACUGGAGAGCUGCUCAGAGCCUCUUAAAGCCACUCUAGACUGUCUGAAUGAGAGACAGAAGCGGGUGGCGAUAGACCUGGUGAGUGAUGAGGUGGAGAGGGAGCUGCUGAAGGAGAAGGACGUGAUAGAGGGAGUGAUAACCCUCCUCCAGCGCACUCUGGAGCAGAUAAUUGAGCAGAUUAGACUGAACCGCUCAGCCAAAUAUUACUUGGAAAAAGAUCUACGAGAUAAAUUUCAGGCAGAGCGCAUUGAUGACUUCUGCUCCAUGCUCACCAGCACUUCAGCCAAUGUUGAGGAGCAGAUUGGAGCGGCACAGUUCACUGCAGGAGGGGCUGCAGUGACCCCAGAGGAGUGGGAGAGCUUCUCCAACGUAAACAUCAGCAAGGCAGAGAAAGAGAGGAACAACUCCCUCUCUCUGAGAGCACUAGUGGACAGUCUGCUAGAACAGACAGCUGCGGACAUGCGGCAGCAGCAUGAUGCAACAGGCACUGCACUGGAGCUGCGCAUACAGGAGACGAGGACGGCCAAAGCCCUGCUGGAAGACCAACUCGACAAGUUGCUGGUGGAGAUGGCAAACCAGGAACAGAACGUGGAGGCUCUGAAAGUGGCCAUUGCUGAUAAAGAGGAGCCACUGAAAGUGGCCCAGACGCGUCUGUAUGCACGCAGCCAGCGACCUGGCAUUGAGCUCUGCCACGACCCCGUGCACACACGCCUGCUGUCUGAAGUGCAGGAGCUCACAGGCCACAUCAUGAGGUUAAAAGAAGGCUUAGCCCAGUCAGAGAUGGAGCUCAAAGCCCUGACCCGAAAUCAGCUGGCUCUGGAAGAGGAGAUCCAGGUUAAAUCCCACUCACUCUACAUAGAUGAAGUGAUUUGCUCCCAGCUCCGUCAGCCAAUAACAAUUCACAACUUCUGACAAAUCUGUAGAUGUCAGCUAAUGUUGCUCUGUCAUCAGUAGCGUUUACUCAUUACUCAGACUUACUGGAAAAAAAAUUGGAAAUAUAUCUGGAAAUAUAGUUCUGGUAUGUUCUUUGUUUUGUCAUUUUUAUACAACAGUCCAUAUCUGUAGUCAAUUUUAUGCUGUUAUUAUGGUUGGGAAACCUUGAGAAAGAGAGGAAAGAAACUUUAUGCUGUAAUAACAAUUCGGCUGUGCAGCACUGUAAAGCGAUGAUCAGUUGCACCAGAAUUCCUCAGACUCAAUA